GCCCUGUACAUCUGACGUGUGUUUACAAAACAAAAGCACUUUAUUGAAAGAAGAAAUAACGCGCAUCGACAUUUUGUGUCUAAGGUAAACAUGUUAUAUAAACGCCCUAGACGUUUAAAUGACGUUUGGUUUUCGUAUUUAUAUUUUUAAGUCUCUAUUUUAUUGUAACCUGUUUCAGACUGUCUAAAGUGACACAGCUCAGCGUUUUUAGAGGCAGAAUAGCUGAAUGUUUAGAUCCGUGUCUAUUUGCUCAGAUCAACAGAUCUUUCGAAAAUCUUUUUGGUUUAUUAGCUAUAGAACAUUAUUUUAGAAUAUCAUGAACUGUCGAUCAGAAGUGCUGGAGUUGUCAGUGGAGGGCAGGCAGGUGGAUGAGGCCAUGCUAGCCCUCCUGCACACGAUCCUCCUGCACCGCAGCACGGGGAAAUUUCACUAUAAGAAAGAGGGCACGUACUCCAUCGGCACGGUGGGAACUCAAGACGUGGACUGCGACUUCAUCGACUUCACAUUCGUGCGAGUGUCUUCUGAUGAGCUGGACAGGGUUAUCAGGAAAGCGGUAGCCGAAUUUAAGGAUGCUCUUGGUAAUUCUGGGAGUGAUGGCAUGGGUCAGAUCUCUUUGGAGUUCUACCAGAAGAAGAAAUCACGCUGGCCCUUUUCAGACGAAUGCAUCCCGUGGGAGGUCUGGAGUAUUAAGGUGAACGUGGUGAACCUGGCCAACGAACAAGAGCGGCAGAUCUGCAGGGAGAAGGUUGGCGAGAAGCUCGGCGAGAAAGUCAUCAACAUCGUGGAAGUCAUUAACCGUCAUGAGUAUCUUCCCAAGAUGCCUACACAAUCGGAGGUGGACAAUGUGUUCGAUACGAGUUUGAAAGACGUCCAGCCGUAUCUGUACAAGAUCACAUACCAGAUAACUGAUUCUCUGGGCACGUCAGUGAGCACUACCAUGAGGAGGCUGAUCAAAGACACACUGGCAUUGUAAAAGACAGUUAAGACAGUUCUUGGAUGUUUAUGAUGAUCUUGUAAAAAUAGAAAAUCAUUACAAUGGGAUUUCAAGUAAAUUCACUACACUUUUCCUGUAUAAUUAUGCUGUCCACAAUGUUUGCAUCAGCUAAUUCACGCAAGCAAAUUAUUCAUUUUAUUUUCAAUAAAAUUAAUUAUGUUCCCUGAA